AUGGGCCUGCGAUCCAGUCUACUGAAUGCUUUAGAUGCCAUUGAAACGCCCGCGGCUUUUGCAUCCUCUGGAGAAAUUGGCUUUGUCGAUCCAGGGGUGUUUGUCCACGGUAUGGGUCCAAUCUACCUCCCCUUGGAUGAAUCACAAGCGCGACAAAUGAUCGAGCAGGCGCAUCAGGCCCCCUAUGGCAAGGGAAGCGAAACGAUCAUUGAUACCUCCUUCGAACUGCGAAGACCGAACUGGAACACCUUCCUCGAGCGAGUGGUUGCCGGUGUCGCGCGGGAGCUGGACCUUGACUCGACCGUUCAUGCCGAGUUGUAUAAGAUGUUGAUCUAUGAGGAGGGAGCCAUGUUCAAGCCGCACACCGAUACAGAGAAGGCGCCUGGGAUGGUUGCGACUCUGGUCAUUGGUCUCCCUUCUGCUCACGAGGGAGGCGAGGUGGUCGUGAACCAUCGCGGACAGCAGAAGACCUUCAAGUUGUCCAACACUCAAUGCUCCCAUGCAAGCUGGUAUUCAGACGUCGUGCAUGAAGUGCUUCCGGUCACCUCCGGGUAUCGGUGGGUGCUCACCUACAAUCUUGCCCUGGAUGCUUCGCAACCGCGUCCCGCGGGAGGUCUCCAACCACCAGACACCUCGCAUCUUUACAAGACCCUCAAGCUCUGGGUGGAGCAGGAUGCAAGCCUCGGCCCUACAAGCCACUUCUGGUACCAGCUCGACCACGAAUACACGGAAGCCAGCAUUUCCCUCAGGGCCUUGAAGACGCGAGACCUGGCCUGCGUUCAGGCGCUAUACGAAAUCUCCACCAUGCUGCCCGUGGAUAUCUUCCUCGCCGUUCUAGAAAAGAUAGAGCACGGGACCUGUGAUUAUGAUGAGGACGAUCUCUGGCGGGACCCGUACAAGGUAAUGUAUUCAGAAGGCUUAAAUCAUUCCCUGGUGGAUGUUACGAGCACCACGUAUAAGGUCAAAUCGCUGGUCGACCUUGAUGGGAAAAAGGUGCUUCGGGGAAGGACGCUAGACGCCAAAAGUAUUCUCCAGGCAGAUUGUUUCGAAGAUGUUUCCCCGGAAGAAUCCUACCAAGGCUAUUUCGGAAACGAGGGGCCGGAUGUGACGCAUUGGUACCGAGUGACGGUAAAACCUCCUCUCACCAUAUAG